AUGACCGCAGAUGAAUGCGCAUGUGAUGUAUGCAGUGACACGUUUUUGAACGAUGAUAGUUUAUUACAGCACAAAAAAACACAUCGCCAAGAUGAAGAACCAAGUGCUGACAAAACACUCGAAGAAUAUUUCGUAAACGAAGAUGGUGAUCUUGUCGAAAUCGCAGAAAGUGAAAGCAGUAGCACAGCUGCCCAUCUGAGUACCCCAAGAUUGGAACCAUAUAUGUACAAAAGCAAUACACCAUACAUCUGCAAAAACUCGAACGGUAAAUUCGACUGUAAUAUUUGUUACAUGUCAUUCCCAUUGAAAAGCAACGUUCGCGAGCACUACUAUCGUGUACAUUGCGGCAAGGAAUUAUCGCAAUGUCCUCAAUGUGAAUUCGCAAGUUAUUCGAAAAGUAGACUGGAUGUGCAUUUGGUAAAAUCUCACACAAAACGAUACGCUUGCGAAAGAUGCGGUAAAAUGUUCCCGUACCAGUAUCAACUGACUACUCAUAUAAACGGCGUUCAUUUAAAUAUUCGUAGUCACACCUGCGACACGUGUGGUAAAAGCUUCAAGACGAAGGCGAAUUUCGAUACUCAUAUAGCUCGACAUAAAGAUGUGAGGAAUUUCCCAUGUCCUCAUUGUAAUCACAGGAGUAGAACUAGUAACGAUUUAGCUGUGCAUGUGCGCAAGCAUACUGGUGAAAAGCCUUUCAAAUGUGAUGUGUGCGGUAAAGCAUUUGCUCAUAGUGUAAAUCGCAUCAAGCAUCAGAGAAACGUCCAUGGUGUAUCGCGGGUAGUGGAUUUGAGUGAAGUUCAGGGUAGACAAUCUUCAACUCGUGGUGCUGGUCGGGUUAAAUCUAGACGAGCUAAGCAACGAAGGCCGCUGACAGUAGAUUUAGAUGGUACUACGUUCCAGUUUCCUGAUAACGAGUUAGUUGAUGGUUGA